AAAUGAUUAUAAGUGUAAUAAUAAUCGGCCAUAUUUAAAAUUUCCAGAGUGGGGAUUUUCGCGCAUGUAAAAUAAAAUAUGGCUGCGGUGAAAAAUUGAAAAAUUCGAAAAGCAGCAACAAAAAAAAUUCAUUAUCACAUUUAAAAAAAAAAAUUUAAUUAAAAAUAUACUAAGUAUUGAUUAACAAAACAGUGAAAUUAAAUAAAAUAAUUUAAAAAAUGACGAUAAUGUAUGAAUUAAAAGCAAUAAUAAAUCAUAAUACAGCAAUUGAAAGAUCCUCAUGUAUGUACGAGAUGAAAAAUAUUCAUGACGAUGGCGACUCGUCGAAACAUAAGUGCACAAUUGUCUCAGAGGUUACUGAUAAAUUUAUUAACAUUACUAAGGCCCCAUUGGCUGAAGUUAAGGCAUUAGAAGAAAGACAGGAAAAAAUUCUAGCGCAAUUAGCUGAGCUUAAGGAGCAAGUUUUUAAUUUAUGUAAUGUUCUUAAUAAAAAUAAUUCUGACACUGCAGUAUCACAUCCAAAGCGAGCGAGUCGGACACCGGUGACAGCUGACGUGGUGAUAAAUGUCAAUCCAGCGAGACCUUGUUAUUCACUGGUGGCAUUAAAAAAGUUAUGGGGUGAUGUUGAUUUACGACUGUCACCUUACGUUCAUUCCAGUUUGAAUUCAAAAAUUCCUGAGGGGUUUGAAAAAAAUAAACCGGCUUCCAAUGGCAGCGCGAUUAAUUUAUCACUGAUCUGGAAAAACGUGGGAGAUAGUGAAUUGAUCGCCUCUGGUUUCAAGAGUCAGCCUAUUGUAGGGGAGGCAAAUAUUUUACGGUACUUAGUUCGUUUAUUUGAUAAUGAGAGCUACGAAAAGUCUGACUCUGUUGUAGAGACGCUCAAAAUUGACAGAGUUCUUGAUCUGUCUUAUUUAUUAACGCAUCAAGACUUGCCGAAAUACAGGCAGACAACUUUGAACCUCCUUGAUAAAUUAUUAGGAACUGAAAAAUGGUUUGGCGGCAAAAGAUUUUUUAAUGUUGCUGAUGUUGCUGCUUGGUCUGCUAUCAAACGAUUCACUUCAGAUAAAUUACCUUCCAAUCUCAGUACUUGGUACAGAAACUGUGAGAAUACAUUCUUAUAAUAUUUAUAAAAAGAAAUAUUUACAUGUUCUUAUUUUAAUUUGUAAUUAAUUUUUUUUUCUCAAUAAAUUGCUAAGUAAUUUAUUAAAU